AGAAGGGGUUUGAUGAGGACAUCAUAGCCAAACCUUUUAAGGUUUAUGAGCGAAAGAAAUGGAAAAAGAGAGCAUCUAGUCAUUCCCUUUCCAUAUGGUUUGAUUAAUUGCUUUCAGUCUAGAAGUCUCUAGGCAGGUGUCUUUCAGUUUCAGUUUGGGUCAGUUUCAGUGUGGAAUUUUAAGGUUUCUUUAUUAUUUCAGUUUCAGUUAGGAGUUUAAAUUCCUUUAUUAGGUCUUUUAUGCUUCAGUUUUGUGAAGUGUAACAGCCCUAGCUAUGAAAGAGUCUUUAAUGCUAGUUAAUAUGAGCUAUCUGCUCAAAUAUAAAUAAGUGUAAGUGCCAAGUGGCCAUAUAUGUUGUGAUGAAUAAAAAUUUCAGAGAGUUUCUGAGUUUUCCAGAGAUUGGAGUGUUGGUGUGAAGCCUUGUGUGUGGGUGAGAAACCUGGGAGGGAAUCCUAGUUCUUAGUUUUCACUUUCUACCCUACAAAACCUGUGAGUUAUAAGCCCUAUACCUUAGAGUUUGUUGAUCCUGGCGUCUAGGCAGUGAAUAUACUGCAUCAGUUUUGGUAUCAGAGCAAGACAAGCUCUGUUGUCUCCUAGCUCCAGCCAAAAGAAACUUCAUUUAGCCAUGGACCUUGAAACUUUGGCUAAAGCAAUAGAAGGUUUAGCCGCCCAAAUUGGUCAUCUUGAGACCAGAAUACAAGAUCAAGCCGUUGCUUCUGACCGUCGUUUGGCAGAGAUUGAAGCUUCCAUCUACAAUGAAGAAGAGAGUGUACGUGGGGGACCAAGGAUGCAACCUAGAAGGAAUGUUCGCAGACAAAAUGUUCCACAUAACAGUGGGCAAAAUGGACAUGAUCCUGAAGAAAAGGCAAUGAAGUCUAUGAGGAUUGAAGCUCCUAGUUUUGAUGGCCAGCUGAAUGCAAAGGUUUUCUUGGAUUGGUUAUCAGACAUGGAUCAUUAUUUUGAAUGGUAUGAGUUGUCUGAAGAUCGCAGGAUAAGGUUUGCAAAGAUGAAGUUGGUGGGCAAGGCUCGAGAUUGGUGGUCUAAUGUGGAAAGACGAAUUGCGAGAGAUGGUGAAGAUCCUAUUGCUCAUUGGGAUGAGAUGAAAGAAAGGCUGAAGGAGAAGUAUGUUCCUUUGUCUUACAAGGAACGCUUGCUUGACCAGUGGCAAUCUCUUCGUCAAGGAAGCAUGACAGCUGCUGAUUAUAUUGAUAAGUUUGAAGAAUUUAUGGUGAGAUGUAACAUCACCGAAGACCCAUCAGUAACUCUUGCUCGUUUCAGAACCGGUCUUCGUCCAGAACUUCAAAGAGAGCUGAUUCCUCAUGAUGUACAUUCAUUAGAGCGCGCUUAUCAAUUAGUGCUGGAAUUGGAGCGCUACUUGAAGACCCCUACAACCCCUGUGUACAAGCGGGUUGAUCAGCGGAACUCUGAGUUUCGUCCUAGCAUCUCUGGAACAAAACCGUCUCCAUUCUCUAAGGGCUCCAAUACUUCCAAUUCGUUGGUGAAAGCUGAAAAAGAAAAGGGAUUACAAUCUGGCAUGCGAGGAGGGGGAUCUAUAAGGUGCUAUAGAUGUCAAGGUUAUGGUCACUAUGCUGGUCAAUGCCCAACUAAAGAGCAAACUCGAAGUUUGUUUGCAGCAAGCACAGAAGAAGAGGCUGAUGCUCAAGGAGAAUUGGAGGAAGAAGUUUAUGAGCCUGAAAUUCCAGCUACUGAUGAUGAUUUGGAGGGUGAACCUAUAGACAUUGUUCAACCAAGAAUGACUGUGGUUAGAUGCACUUUGACUCAACCUAAGAGUACGGAAGAUUGGCGGAGAACAAACAUUUUUCACACUUAUGUCAAGUGUGGAGACAAAAGUUAUAAGGUCAUCAUUGACAACGGAAGCUGCAUCAAUGUUGUCUCCCCUCAAACCAUCUCUAAACUGGGUUUGACCGCUGCUGAUCAUCCUCAACCUUAUCGUGUGGCAUGGAUUGACAAGUCUUCCAUUCCCGUGACACAACGAUGUCAAGUUCCUAUUCAGUUUUCAUCUUACAAGGAUACUGUUUGGUGUGAUGUGGUGCCGAUGGACGUGGGACACAUUCUUUUGGGUAGACCAUGGUUGUAUGAUCUGGAUGUAACCAUUUCGGGCCGUGCCAACUCAUGCUCCUUUAUUCAUGAAGGAAAGCACAUCAAGUUGAACCCAAUCCAGCCCAGACCAGUACCUCAACCAACACAUAACAAGGGAGGACAACAACCAAAAUCCCUUAAUAUCAUCAGUCCAAGACACUUUGCAAGGGAGACAACAGGUGAUUCUGUUAUUUUUAUAUUGAUUGCAAAGGAAUCUCACCCUUUGACUAGUUUGGAGUUGCCCUCGGAUGUGAAAUCAAUCCUUGAGCAGUUUACUGAUGUAUUUGCCGAGGACCUUCCAAAUGAACUUCCUCCUCUCCGGGAUAUUCAACAUGCAAUUGAUCUGGUCCCUGGAGCAACAUUACCGAAUUUACCACAUUAUCGGAUGAAUCCAACCGAGCAUGCAGAAUUGAAAAGGCAAGUUGAUGAGCUUCUUGCAAAAGGGUUCAUUCGGGAGAGCCUUAGCCCUUGUGCUGUUCCUGCCCUUCUCACACCAAAAAAGGAUGGCUCUUGGAGAAUGUGUGUGGAUAGCAGAGCCAUCAACAAAAUCACAGUCAAAUAUCGGUUUCCAAUACCGAGACUUGAUGACAUGCUGGACAUGAUGGCAGGAGCUACUAUCUUUUCUAAGAUUGAUUUGAAGAGUGGUUAUCACCAGAUCCGCAUCAGGCCUGGAGAUGAAUGGAAAACAGCCUUCAAGACAAAGGAUGGUUUGUAUGAAUGGUUAGUCAUGCCAUUUGGACUUACUAACGCACCUAGCACUUUCAUGAGAGUUAUGACACAAGUUUUGAGGCCGUUCAUGGUUAUCUUUUUGGGAUUUGUUGUGUCGUCAAAGGGAAUGCAAGCAGAUCCAGAGAAAGUCAAGGCUAUUGCUGAUUGGGCAGAACCAAAAAGCAUACAUGAGGUGCGUAGUUUUCAUGGAUUGGCUACCUUUUAUCGUCGAUUCAUUGCUGGGUUCAGUUCUAUCAUGGCUCCCAUUACUAAUUGCAUAAAGAAAGGGGAGUUUCGAUGGACAACUGCAGCUGCAAAGGCAUUUCAGGAGAUCAAAACCAGAAUGAUUAAUGCUCCUGUUAUGCGCCUUCCUGAUUUUACAAAGCCUUUUGAGGUUACAUGUGAUGCUUCAGGUGUUGGAAUUGGUGGAGUUCUAAGUCAAGAGGGGCAUCCUAUUGCAUAUUUCAGCGAGAAGUUGAAUGAAGCCAAGCAGAAGUACUCUACCUAUGACAAAGAAUUUUAUGCAGUGGUUCAAUCCUUGCGGUAUUGGAGACAUUACUUGCUGCCACAAGAAUUUGUCUUGUAUUCUGAUCAUGAGGCUCUGCGAUAUCUCAUUUCACAGAAGAGAUUAAACCCACGACAUGCAAAAUGGGCUGAAUUUAUUCAAGAGUAUACUUUUGUGCUGAAGCAUAAAUCUGGAGUGGAGAAUAAAGUAGCAGAUGCUCUUAGCCGCAGGAACUCACUUUUACACAUUAUGAGUGUGGAAGUGGCUGGAUUCGAUAAUCUGAAAGAAGAGUAUUUGAGUUGUCCAGACUUUGGAAGAAUAUAUUCAGCUCUCAUGGAAAAGCAGUCCAAAAGCACUGAGUUUGUUCUACAAGAUGGGUUUCUUUUCAAAGGAACCAAACUUUGUGUUCCUUGCACAUCGGUGAGAGACUUCCUAAUUUUAGAGCUACAUGCUGGUGGGAUCGCUGGACAUUUUGGGAGAGACAAAACCAUUGCUCUUGUGGAGGAUCGCUUCUAUUGGCCUAGUCUCAAACGUGAUGUUGCUAAAGUUGUUGAACGAUGCCGUACUUGUCAGUUGGCAAAGCACAAAAGGCAAAACACAGGGUUAUACACCCCGCUGCCUGUCCCACAUACUCCUUGGCAAGAUAUUAGCAUGGAUUUUGUGCUUGGGUUGCCCAAGACUACACAGCGACAUGAUUCCAUUUUUGUGGUUGUGGAUCGUUUUUCUAAAAUGGCUCAUUUCCUUCCUUGUUCUAAGACAUUUGAUGCUUCUGAAGUGGCCAAGCUUUUCAUGGAUGAGGUUGUUCGGUUGCAUGGUUUGCCUAAAACUAUAGUGUCUGAUCGUGAUGUUCGAUUCAUGAGUUAUUUUUGGAAGACUUUGUGGCACAUGUUGGGCACCAAACUCAAGUUUUCAUCUGCUUACCAUCCGCAAACAGAUGGGCAAACUGAAGUGGUGAAUAGAAGUUUGGGAAAUCUGCUGCGAAGUUUGGUUGGUGAGCAUAUCAGGUCUUGGGAUUCAAUUUUACCUAUUGCUGAGUUUGCAUAUAAUAAUUCAGUUAACCGGACUAUAGGCAUGAGUCCCUUUGAAGCUGUUUAUGGUCACAAGCCCAAAGCUCCAAUAGAUCUCAUUCCCAUGACGGUUUCACAUAGGCCAUCACAGUCAGCUAAUGAAUUUGCAAGUCAUAUUCAUGAGCUGCAUGCUGAGAUUAAUCGUCGGAUUAACAGGAGCAAUGAGCAAUAUAAAAAGGCUGCUGAUGUACAUCGAGCAUUCAAGGAAUUUUCAGUGGGAGACUUUGUCAUGGUUCGAGUUAGACCUGAACGUUUCUCUAAAGGGAAGGCAAAGAAGUUACAAGCUCGCAGCAUUGGACCUUUUAAAGUAUUGCAGAAGGUUGGAACCAAUGCAUAUGUGUUAGAACUCCCUCCAGAAAUGGGAAUCAGUUCUACUUUUAAUGUGGAGGACUUACUGCCCUAUAGGGAACCUAUGGUGCCUGUGUUGCCAUUUUCUUCUGAAUUUUCACCAAUCACCCCACCUUUGCCUCGUUCUAAAGUUCCUAAGAGAGAUGUGGUGGAAAACAUUGUGGAUGAGCAGGUUGUUUCGACAAGACAAGGUGGCUACCAGAAGUACCUAAUUAAAUGGAAGGAUAGACCAGAUUCUGACAACACUUGGGUAACUAAGGAGGAGCUGCAGCGCAUCAAUCCAGAUAUUCUGGAAAGAUACUACAGCUUUAUCUCACCGGAGGCGAGUUCUUCCCAGCCGGGGAGAAUUGAUGAGGACAUCAUAGCCAAACCUUUUAAGGUUUAUGAGCGAAAGAAAUGGAAAAAGAGAGCAUCUAGUCAUUCCCUUUCCAUAUGGUUUGAUUAAUUGCUUUCAGUCUAGAAGUCUCUAGGCAGGUGUCUUUCAGUUUCAGUUUGGGUCAGUUUCAGUGUGGAAUUUUAAGGUUUCUUUAUUAUUUCAGUUUCAGUUAGGAGUUUAAAUUCCUUUAUUAGGUCUUUUAUGCUUCAGUUUUGUGAAGUGUAACAGCCCUAGCUAUGAAAGAGUCUUUAAUGCUAGUUAAUAUGAGCUAUCUGCUCAAAUAUAAAUAAGUGUAAGUGCCAAGUGGCCAUAUAUGUUGUGAUGAAUAAAAAUUUCAGAGAGUUUCUGAGUUUUCCAGAGAUUGGAGUGUUGGUGUGAAGCCUUGUGUGUGGGUGAGAAACCUGGGAGGGAAUCCUAGUUCUUAGUUUUCACUUUCUACCCUACAAAACCUGUGAGUUAUAAGCCCUAUACCUUAGAGUUUGUUGAU